AUGCUAUGGGAGGAUGCGCUCCUCGAUGCGCAAAAGGUCACUGAGCUCAAUCCUUCGUCUCACAUUGGAUACGAGUUGACAUAUACAGCGCUGCGUGGCGCACAACGUUAUGAUGAGGCUAUCGAGGCCUUUAAAAUUAUGUUGUCUAAGCUGGAAAAUUCUCCCGAAGCACAGAUACGAGAUCUGCGUCAGCAGUAUGUCUGUCCAUUCGAAGCAGAAGAUGCUAUUCGAAGAGCAGUUGGGAUUGAACUCAGCAACGCCCCACUUCGUCUGCUCAACACCUCUACGGGUCUUUUGUGCGACCGAGUGGCACAGCUAAACUUCUUCAAAACAAGCCCAGAGUACAAGGAGCUUUUGUCAUCCAUAACAAAGCGUUCGGAUCUCCAAAUGGAACGCAUCAAGCAAGUAGUGACGAUGCACUUCCGUUGCGUCCUGCUAUCACAUAAGUGGGCAGAGACGGAGGCGCUGCUGCAUGACAUCAAGGACAAAGUCGUGUACGAGCUGAAUGAACUUGAUGGGAUCACGAAAUUGCAGUCGUUCUGCAAAGUUGCUCGUGAUGCGGGAUAUUGCUGGGCAUGGAUGGAUACAUGCUGCAUCGAUAAGAGCAACAACGUCGAGCUUCAAGAAUCGGUCAACUCCAUGUUCGUCUGGUACCGCCACUCAGCGCUCACCAUAGUCUACCUAUCCGAUGUCCCUCCUUCAUCCCAUCCUGGUGCACUGGCGAGUAGUGUUUGGAACGAGCGAGGAUGGACCUUUCAAGAAUUCGUCGCUCCGAAAGUCGUCAGAUUUUAUCAGAAGGAUUGGUCAUUAUAUCUCGACGAUCGCUCUCCCAACCACAAAGAGUCCUCAGCAAUCAUGGAGGAGUUGUAG